AUGGCCUUUGCAAAAGAACCGUACGACCCAGCCACGACCGACCAAUGGCUGGUCUGCACAGCCUGCGGCACGCAAUUCCCCACGGCCGACCGCGCUGCUGUGACGACGUGCUUCAUCUGCGACGACCCCCGGCAGUUUGUGCCCGCAACCGGCCAGGCCUUCACGACGGUCGCGUCGCUCAAAGACGCCCGCCCGCGGUACCAAAACGUGUUUUCGCCGUACGCCGGCGACAGCCGCAUCACGUACAUCCGCACCGAGCCGGCGGUGGGCAUCGGCCAGCGCGCGACGCUCCUCGCCACGCCGGCCGGCAACGUGCUCUGGGACUGCCUCACGUUUCUCGACGACGAGACGGUGCAGCGCACCCGGGACGCGGGCGGCCUGCGGGCCAUUGUCAUCAGCCACCCGCACUUUUACGGCGCGCACGUCGUGUGGGCGCGCGCCUUUGGCUGCCCCGUCUACACCGCCGCCGAGGACGCCGCCUGGGCCACGACGGCCUCGGCCCACCGGCAGCUGCUGGCGGGUGCGGAGACGGCGAUCCUCGACACGGGCGUCGCCGCCAUCAAGGUCGGCGGCCACUUCCCAGGCUCCAUGGUGCUGCUCUACGACCGGCACCUCUUUGUCGCCGACACGUUUAUGCUGACCCUCGCCGGCGUGGGCGACUACGAGACAGACGCGCGCGGCGUCCAGCGCGAGAGCAAACCGCCCGGUCGCAACACGUUUACCUUUAUGUGGAGCUAUCCCAAUAUGAUCCCGCUCGGGCCGGACGAGCUGGCACGCAUGUGGGCGGUCAUGGCCCAGUACCGCUUCGCAGCGGCGCACGGCAGUUUCGAGGGGCGCGAUCUCGAGGACACCCGCGCCAGGACGAGACUGCUGGAGAGCAUGCAGCUACAGGUUCGCGCCAUGGGGCAUACUAGUCACCCGCUGCUCAAAGAGGUUGCGUAG